CUCUCUCUCUCUCUCUCUCUCUCUCUCUCUCCCUCUCCCUCCUCAGUACCAUCACACACACAAAAAAAAAAAGAAAAAAAGAAAAAAAAAAAAGGGCCCAUUUGGUAAAACAAUUGGUGAUCAUAGUUGAAGGAAGCCUCCUCUAUCAUCUUCCAAUUUGAAGUUUUUGUAGCAAAUAAAUGGACAACUCGAAAGCUGAUAGCAACGGAGCCAAAACCACAGCCGACGAAAACCCUAACAAUUCAGGGUUUGGAGAACAACAAGAAGGAUUGAACAUGGUUCGGCCGUCGUCAGCGAUAAGAACUCCUUUCACCAACCUCAGCCAGGUCGAUGCUGAUCUCGCCCUAGCCAGAACCUUGCAAGAACAGGAAAGAGCUUAUAUGAUGCUAAGAAUGGGUGGUGAUGGGAGUGAGUAUGGAAGUUGGGAAGGUGGAAGGUACAUCCAUGAGGAUGAUGAAGAUUUCGAUGAUCCUAUUGGAGAUGAAUAUGACCGUACAGAUGACGGUGUUGAUGACGGCGACAACGAUGAUGAUGAAGAUGAGGAUGACGGCGAUGAUGAUGAAGAUGAGGACGCAUUUGAUGUGCAUGCUCAUGCUGAAUCUGGAGAAGAUAAUAACAUGAGCGUUGGUGUUGAGCUAGAUCCUGCUUUUUAUCCUAAUGAUGAGGCCUAUGCUAGAGCGCUGCAAGAUGCUGAAGACCGAGAAAUGGCAGCAAGGCUGUUGGCCUUGGCUGGGAUAAACGAACGGGAAGAUGAGGAAGAAGAUAAUGCUGGUAAUUCCCAGGAUGCUUGGGAGGAGGUUGAUCCAGAUGAAUUAUCAUACGAGGAACUAAUUGCGUUGGGUGAAGUUGUUGGGACUGAGAGUAGAGGGCUCUCUGGUGAUACAAUUGCCUCUUUACCUUCAUUGAACUAUCAGACGCAGAACACUCAAGAUGGAAGCAACGAUUCAUGUGUCAUUUGCCGGUUGGACUAUGAGGAUGGUGACACCUUGACUCUACUUUCUUGCAAACAUUCAUAUCACUCGGAAUGCAUAAAUAAUUGGCUACGGAUUAAUAAGCUUCUCGUGACAGGAGAGGUUGAGCACAGGAGUGUACGUUGAGGAUACUUAACUGUCUGGAUGCAGGUCUGUCCAGUUUGCAGCACCGAGGUCUCCACUUCCUGAACCAGCUAAUGCAGGUCCUCUCCUACAAGUUGCAGAUUUUCUGCUGAAGAUGGGCUUGUGUGUGCGAGAGAAAGAGAGCGCACCAAUGGUAAAGUUCACAACAUGUUUUGAAAAUGUCUUGUGGGGUAAAGACUGAUAUCUGCAUAUAUCCAUUCUGGUUCUGUGUUAGUGUAAUUGGCACCGUUAGUUGCUACUGGUUUACGUUUUCUUUUGGUUUGAUGUUUCUGCCCAGUUACCAUGUAUCACAGAGCAUAAGACCCCUAAUAUGGUUCAAAUCUUUUUAGUUGCACUUGUUUUUUAGGACUGAAUACAUUGAAUUGGAGAUGGCCAACUGAAUUGGUGGUGUUCCUUAAUCAGGCCUGCAUUCCAUAUAUUUUUGGGUGCCAGUUUAUUU